GUUUACUUUCGUAUAUAUUUUUCGUAUAUAAGGUACGUGCCAAUUCACGCCACGCCGGAAACCCCAGAGUCCGUUCCUUCGUAUAAUCGUAUUCGUCGUCAGACCAUCAGGCGGCGCAAGUUCGAGACAGAACCCGAACGCAAAGCCCUUCCAUAUGUCAAGGGAUCGUUACCGAGAUAGAUUUAUACUUUUAACUUUACGAUGGUGAAGGCUCGGGAGUUUGAAAUAUAAAAAGGGAGCUCCCUCACUCGCAUCCGCCCCGGACCGCCCGUUCCAGUUUCUUCCCCAGAGACCAAAAAAUCCAAGACACUCGAUACGCUCGAAUCAAAACCAUAUAUCAUCAUCUCUCUUUUCACCCCUGCUGUCUCUCGUCUUUCCCAGAACACCUUACCUUUGAAAGCAAACAAACCCGUCCAACCCAAAAAAAAAAAAAUCCAAAAUGCGCAAUUAUCUCUACCUCGCAUUCGUCUCCGCCCUCAUUGCCGCGCACGGGGCCCUGGCGCAGGAUGGAACGCUUUACGAAAUCAUCAACGGGAUUCGGCUUCUCGACGGUCAGGCAUCGAGCGACAAGGCGAAGUACUGGAAGGCGACGGAGGAGGAGAUCUACGACAGACCGAGGACGUGGGAUCCUGAGAAAGAAGAACCUGUGCCACUAAAGCGGCCGUAUGAGGGGUCUGAGAACACUGACUGGUCACGCAGGAGGGGCGGGGUGGAUCCCGCAUAGGGUGUAGGUCAGAGCU